AUGACGGAGGUUUCAUCGACCCGACUGUAUCUCGGGAACCUUCCCCGCAACGUCACCAAGCAGGAUAUUGAGGAACACUUCAGUACUCAUGGAUCUGGUAAGAUCACAGAGAUCAAGUUGAUGAAUGGAUUCGGCUUCAUCGAGUAUGAGGAUGCGAUGGACGCUCGUGAUGUUGUACCUGCCUUCCAUGGCAGCGACUUCAAGGGUGAACGAUUGACUGUGCAGUUUGCUCGUGGCCCCCGGCGCAAGGAGAACUUCCCCGGUCCAGUGGACCGCCCCGCCGCUCCUCGUCCACGCCGUACCAUGUUCCGGAUGCAGAUCUCUGGUCUCCCAGAAACCAGUUGGCAGGAUCUGAAAGACUUCGCUCGUCAGUCAGGACUAGACGUGGUCUACUCGGAAACAGGCCGUGAACAAGGAAAAGGGUUUGUUGAAUUCGAGACUGCCAACGACCUGAAGACCGCCGUGGAAAAACUGGAUCAGCGAGAGUUCAAAGGCGCUUCUGUGUCCUGCAUUGCGGAUAUCCAAACCAACUUUGAUGACCGUCCCUUCCGGGACCCCUAUCGGUCUCGCUCCCCGCGUCGGCCGUACCCUCCCAUGGAAGAAUAUGAUAGAAGAUUCCCAGCACCCCGAGGAUACAGCCCCCGGGACCACUACCGGGAACGUUCGCCUAUUCCCAUGCGACGGGAUUAUUAUGACCGAGAGGGCUAUGGACGUCGUACUCCCCCUCCGCCGCGGCCUCGGAUGGAGGACUACCCCCCUCCCCGUCGUCCCUACGAUGAUCCCUAUGAUGCCCGGCCUCCGCCCCCUCCUCCACGCCAUUACGAGGACCCAUAUCUUGCGGCGCGUCCCUAUGCCCGUCCCCGUUCUCCUCCCCGAAGUGACUACGUUGGUUAUGACCGCCCUCGCUACUGGUAG